GGCGUCUCCAAGCAACCAGAACCUGACGCAGCCGUCCCCGCCCCUCCUCCGGUAGCUCUGUGCUCAAAAACAAGUGGACCGCGCAGCUGUUAGGGAGGAUAGCAUCAGAGGGAGCGGGCUUGUGGUGGUCUCCCACUGAUGGCUGCUUGGAUUCAGGCUGACUACAAGUUGGACUGCAGCUGGUGAUCAGCUUUGAAAGAUUAUCUGCUCCAAUGGAUCCAGUAAAAAUCCUUUGAAGAUCGACUUUCUGACAAAGAGCAGAGAAAGUGGAUGCAGGAAGGAAACAUCCCCAAUGAUUACAGUCAUUUCUAGCAACAAAAGAGGCCACCAAUGAAGAGCCGAUAUCUGCUUUUAUUUUGAUACAUUUUUUUAGGAAGCUUUUUGUGUUUAGCAGAUCAAUGAUGGACACACCCUCAGCUCCUCAGUUUAAGGUGGACAGGAAUUGUGUCCUGGAGGAAGAAGAAUGUGGGGAAGAUGUGGAUUUGCCUACAGAUGACCAUCUUACGAGCUUGAAGGCCUUGACGGAGAAAUUAAGACUGGAGACCAGGAGACCUUCUUACCUGGAGUGGAAAGCUCGGCUCGAGACGGAAAGUUUCAGAGAGCCAGGAGCUGAUAAAAGCCCCAUGCAAGUGGACCCCGAAGCGAAUGUCGUCACACCCAAAGAGACUGUGGGGAACUCUGAUGUGAUUCAGUGCAAGCUGCCAUCAGGUGUACUGAAGGGAUUUGGGAACAUCGAUGAAGCUCUCAGUUGGCUGAGGAGAGAACUGACAGACAUGCGCUUGCAGGACCAGCAACUGGCGAGGCAGCUCAUGCGGCUCCGCAACGACAUCCACAAGCUGAAAAUCGAGCAGAUGUGCCACCUGCAUCGCAGGAUGCUCAACGACGCCACCUUUGGCCUCGAGGAGCGGGACGAGUUGUCGGACCUGCUGUGCGAAUGUCCGGUCACGCCUGGGCUCGGCCUCUCUGCUCCUCUGAGGCUCAUCGGUGUCACCAAGAUGAACAUUAACUCUCGCCGUUUCUCGCUCUGCUAGUGGCAGUGAUAGUCUUUGUGCUGUCUUUGCUCCAGUGCAUCAUUCCAGCCAUGGCCAUAUGUUAGAUAGUGGUGAAAUCCUUUGUGCAUUUAGGGCUUGACCACAAUGAUGUGAGGAUAAACCUAGAUGAAAACCUUGUUUUACAAUCCCUAUAAUCAAAGAGAGACAUUUAGGUAAUGUAUAUUAUUUAGAAGAAGAUUAUAGUACAGUAAAGUGUUUUUGCCACUAAACUAUACAUGGCAGCUAUAUACAGUCUCUCUCUCUCACUCUUAAAACUGCAGCAGAUUUCAGACCUUUAGGCCAUUUUGAUGUACAGUUUUUAAACUAAAGCACUCUCAAGCUGUUUCCUGGGACUUUCGUGGUUUCUCUCUUCAAGCAGAGUUUGAAUGGGGUUUUUAUAAACCGGGUUCGGGAAUAAGGGCCACGCCUCGUACUCGUUCAAUUUCCGUUCUCCACGUACUUAAGCACUCCCUCUUCCUUCCACUCCUUCUUUGGCGCCGCUGUCACAUCCCACCCCCCCAUACCCUCUUUCUCGCUUUGUCUCCCCUUUUCUCAUCUCCAUUCCCACACAGGAACCAGGGGCUCUAAUCCUAGAGUCGCAGAGAGACGGUUCCCCCACUCAGAGUCUCCAUCCCCACAGGUUCCUUCCAGGAUUCCUCCGGUCAACCUCAGGACCACUCUGCCGAUGGUCCCGCCUCAUCCCUCCUUCCCUUCAUCCCUCAUCCCCCUCGCCCUUCCUCCCCUCACCCCUUCCUCCCUCCCUUCAUCCCUCGCCCUAACAUCCCUCAUCCUCCGACCCCCAUCCCUCCAUCCCUCGAACCCUCUAACCCUCUCUUUCCCUAAACCCUCCCACAGCAUACCACCCAUGCUUCCCGAACGUCACUUGUAAUAAACAUGUUCAAACUCCAUCUGUAUGGGCGUGGUCCUUGUUAGUGAAAUAUUUUAAUAUAUUUUUACUGCAUACAGACCUCUGUAUAAUGCCAGACUGUAGUGGCGAGUGAGUGACAGUCAAGAUUUGUAUUUUUUGUUCCACAUCCUGGAUCUUAAUCUAAAUGUUUUGUGCUUUUUAAAAAGAUGCCUUAAUAUUGAUACAAACUGUACACUAUACCUAAUGCAUAUUUGAGUCAGUGCACAGUAGCAUAUGAUGAAGAUGAUUUAUUCUUUCCAACGAUCGUCAAGUCUGCUGGUUUUCAAGUUCUUUGCUGAUGUUUGCGUCUUGGUUUGAGCUUUGCCUCGUCUAAUUGCUCUAAUUGUGAUCUGAAAGUAACCAUUUGAGAGGACACUGUCCGUUUGAAACGAAAACAUGGUUUGGUUUCAUGGGUAAACAUGAAAUUAUAGCUCAUCUAGAUCUCUGUGUGUACCAAAUGAUUUCAUUAUGUGGAUCUUGUUGUGUCGACGGUCAUGAUAAAACCUUUCCUUACUCAUUUUCUUUUGGGUUGUGGAGGUUUUGCGUUUGCAAUGCGAGUGAAGUAUAGUCUCAAUAAAAGAGUUUCAGGGUUUAAUGGCCCUCGAGUCUGAACAUAAUCACGUCACACCACAUCUAAUUUGUUUGCCACAAAUAGAGCAGAUUACCUGAAAUGAUACGUUUAACAUCUGCGUCUACUACUGCUCAGACUGUUCCAACAUUAUAUGAUUAGCUUGUUGUACCAACACAAUACUUGGUCUCAGCUUGCAAAGUGCCCUGAACAGGGAGGCACAGUGCCACCUGGCUUGUGUUACUAAGCAUAUAAUCAACUGAAACAUACUUUAAAACUUGUUUGGUAAAAAAGAAAAAAUACAUUAAUGGGUUCAUUUUUAGUGCUUGGUAUGUUUUUGCAAAUGUACUGGAAAUAAAAAAUCCAUCAAGACGUUG